AUGAGCCGCUCGUCGAUUGAGCUGCGGCCCACGACGCCGUUUGGCGGGGAGACGAGCCGCGGCACAUUUCGCACGUCCGCGAUGGCACUGGCACGCGCGGGCAAGCCGCCUGGGCAGAGCCAGCAGCAGGAGAUGGAUGAUAGUCGGGCGACGACCCGGCCGCCGUCGCCGACGGAGGAGGAGGAAGGCAGCGGCGCCGAGGAAGACGGCGCGCAGGGACGACACGAGUUUUCGCUGCCGCCGACAGACUCGGGGAAGGAUGCGUGGAUGUUUUUGCUGUCGAGCUUCAUGAUGGAGGCGUUUGUAUGGGGAUUUCCUUUUGCGUUUGGUGUCUUCCAGAACUACUACUCCACGCAUGAGCCAUUCGCCGGCUCCUCGCAGAUUGCCGUCAUCGGCACCUGCGCCAUGGGCAUCAUGUAUCUGGACCUCCCGCUCAUCAUUGCGCUGCUGCGGCUGUACCCACGGCAGGCGCGGUACUCGCCCGCGAUCGGCAUCACGCUCAUGUGCGCGGCGCUGGGGCUGAGCUCGCUGUCGCAGACGACGACGCACCUCAUCGUGACGCAGGGCAUCCUGUACGCCGUGGGCGGCUCCAUCGCAUACUGCCCGUGCAUCCUGUACAUGGACGAGUGGUUCGUGCAGCGCAAAGGGCUCGCGUACGGCAUCAUGUGGUCCGGCACGGGGCUCGGCGGCAUCACCAUGCCGCUGCUGCUCGAGUUCCUGCUCGGGCGGUACGGCUUCCGCACCACGCUGCGCAUCUGGGCCGCCGCCCUCUUCGUCGCCACCCUCCCGCUCGUCUACUUUAUGAAGCCGCGCCUGCCGCCUGCCGCCGCCCGCGUCAGCCCGCUCAAGCUCGGCUUCGUCUUCAGCCGGACCUUUGCGCUCUACCAGGUCACCAACAUUGUCGAGGCGCUGGGCUAUUUCCUGCCCGGCAUCUACCUGCCCUCGUACGCGCGCGUGACGCUCGGCGCGGGGCCGUUCCCGUCGGCGCUGACGCUGCUCGUGCUCAAUGUCGCGACCGUCGUGGGCUGCGUGGCCAUGGGCUGGCUUACGGACCGGCUGCACGUCACGACGUGCAUCCUGGUGUCGACGGCGGGCACGGCCGUGGGCACGUUUCUGCUCUGGGGCCUCGGGCAGAACCUGGCUACGCUGUAUGCGUUUUGCGCGCUGUACGGCAUGUUUGCCGGGGCGUACACGUCGACUUGGCCGGGCAUCAUGCGCCAGGUGACGACGGCGCCGCCGGAACGAGGCGACGACGGGAGCAGCAGCAGCGGCAGCAGCAGCAGCGGUGGCGGUGGACGGGUGUUUGAUCCCAUUAUGGUGUGCGGGUUCUUGGCCCUGGGACGAGGGAUUGGGAAUGUGGUGUCGGGUCCGUUGAGCGAAGCUUUGAUUGCGAACAUGCCGUGGAAGGGCGAUGCGGCGGCUGGGUACGGAAGUGGUUACGGAACAUUGAUUGCGUUUACAGGGACGACGGCUGUUGUGGGAGGAGGUAGCUAUUUGUUUAGAAGGGUUGGAUGGAUGCCAGCGUAG